AUGGUUGAAGAAAGCAAGGCAGCCCAAGAGGCUGUCAAGGCCGUGGACUCGGAGCAGGACGACACACUGGAUCAAGAUGUCACACAGGUUGACAGCCGUAGCUCCAAGGUUCCCCUGAGCAUGAAGAUCAUAGCGGUUGCUCUGGUCAGCGCGAUCGGAUUUGGUUCGCACUGGAGCAGCGGCGUCACUGGGGCUAUGAAGAGUACUUUGAAGAAGGAACUCAACAUCAACAAUACUCAGUAUGCUGUUCUCGAGGCCAGCGAGGAUUUCAUGGUGACAGCCUUGAUCUUGGUCAGCGGUUUGGUAACUGACAGAAUAGGAGGCGCCGGUGCAAUGUUGUACGGCAAUGCCAUCUUCUCCGUCGGGGCCAUCCUGAUAGCGGCAGCCACGCAGGUUCGAAACUACAAGUUCAUGAUCUUUGGAACUAUUGUCCAGGCGCUCGGGGACAUCGCAACCCAGGUCGCUCAGUACAAAAUCUUUUCUUCCUGGUUCGCACCAUCCAACGGCUUUGCCUCGACGCUUGGCUUUGAGCUCGGCAUCGGCAAGAUCGGCUCCUUUGUCGGCCAGGCCACGGCCAACAUCAUCGCGACCAACCUCGGCGACUUUGCGUGGGUCUACUGGAUGGCUGUCUUCAUGAACCUCUUUACCAACGUUGCGACUCUUGUCUUUUACUUCUUCAACAAGUGGUCUGAAAAGCGCUAUGGAAACCUCCGCGACCCGGCGACCGGCGAGAAGCUCACCGAAAAGAGCGAGAAGUGGGACUUCAGGAAGAUGCUCGAGCUGCCUUGGCCGUUCUGGCUCGUCAUCAUGUUCUCGCUCUUCCAGACCUCGGCCGCCAUCAUUUUCUCCCAAAACGCCACCGAGCUGGCCGAGCAGCGCUUCAACGUCUCAGCCGUGACCGCAGGCUGGUACUCUUCGCUGUCCCAGUACAUGGGGUUCUUCUUCGUGCCGUUAGUCGGCAUUUUCAUCGAUAUACUCGGGAAUCGCCUCAGCGUUAUGAUGGUAUGCGGUUGUGGCAUGCUUGUUGCUAUGUGUUUGGCAGCCUGGGGUCCAACAGUCAGCGGUACAGCCGCGAGUUUUGGUGUCUACGCAGUCGCACUGACUCUGGGCCCUACUGUCAUCGUCGAUUCUAUUCGCACAUCUAUGUGGUACCAUGAGGUGUUUGGCUCAGCCUAUGCUGUCAAGAUCGCUGUCAAUAAUAGCAUGAACAUCAUUGUGAGGGUCAUCACUGGUGUUAUCCAAGAUGCAGAUGACAACAGCUAUGACAGAGUCGUCAUUGUCUAUGUCUUCCUUACGGCUGCAUCUGUCUUGGUAGCCCUUGUCAGUCUCAGCCUGGGUUUCAUCAAACCCGACAUUGGCAGACUUCAGUGGACGAGGAAGAAGAGGAUCCUGAACGGCCACAUCAUUGUGGAACUGAAGGACGAGUUUGAGAAGGGGCAGCGCGGGAGGCGCAACAAGCUCUUCAGCAAAAGCUGUUUCAUUGCAUUGCUAAUAUUCAUUCUGGGGUCAUGGGCUGCAUAUUUCUGGGGCGUUGCCACUGGUAACAAUGAUUGA